AUGGAAAACGCAAUCAAGAAACAGGGUAUCCCUCUCCUCAGGCCUUACAAGAUGGGUAGAUUCAAUCUUUCCCACAGGGUUGUUCUUGCACCAUUGACGAGACAAAGAUCAUACGGAAACGUUCCUCAACCUCAUGCUAUCAUAUACUACGCACAGAGAACCACCCCGGGAGGUCUUCUCAUCACUGAAGCCACUGGUGUUUCAGACACAGCUCAAGGGUAUCAAGAUACACCUGGGAUAUGGACUAAAGAGCAAGUGGAGGCAUGGAAGCCAAUUGUGGAUGCUGUCCAUGCCAAAGGUGGCAUCAUCUUCUGUCAGAUCUGGCAUGUUGGCAGAGUUUCUAAUAAAAGUUUUCAGCCAAAUGGGCAAGCUCCCAUCUCUUGUUCUGACAAGCCAUUGAUGCCUCAGAUCAGAUCUAAUGGCAUUGAUGAAGCUAUGUUUACACCUCCGAGACGCCUAAGCACUGAAGAGAUCCCAACCAUUGUUAACCAUUUCAGGCUAGCUGCAAGAAACGCUAUGGAAGCUGGUAAGCACACUCUCAUUGUGCAUGGAGCUAAUGGCUACCUCAUCGACCAGUUCAUGAAAGACACCAUAAACGACAGAACCGACGAAUACGGUGGAUCAUUACAAAACCGCUGCAAAUUUGCUCUAGACAUAGUCGAAGCAGUGUCCAACGAGAUCGGUCCUGACCGCGUUGGAAUCAGGCUCUCACCCUUCGCAGACUUUAUGGAAUCAAGAGACACAAACCCACAAGCGUUAGCACUUCACAUGGCAGAGUCUCUGAACAAAUACGGAAUCUUAUACUGUCACGUGAUCGAAGCGAGGAUGGACACAAAGGGAGAGGUAACAGAGUGUCCUCACACGUUGGUGUCGAUGAGGAAAGCUUUUAAGGGGACGUUUAUUGCCGCGGGAGGUUACAAGAGGGAAGAUGGGAACGAGGCGGUGGAGAAGGGGAGGACUGAUCUUGUGGCGUUUGGUCGGUGGUUUUUGGCGAACCCGGAUUUGCCGAAGAGGUUUGAAGUUGGUGCGGAGUUGAAUAAGUAUGAUAGAUCGACGUUUUAUACUUCUGAUCCUGUCGUGGGUUACACUGACUACCCUUUUCUUGGUUGAUAUGUUUAUUAAUACAUCAUGUUAUGUGUUUUUUUUUUCAUGUAAUAAGACGACAUUGUCGGUCGAAUCGCC